CUUCUUGUGUGGAUUGAUGAUCUGUUGAUCUACGCGUCGACCAUUGAUGAGUUUCUCGAGGUCAUCGACUUGAUCUAUUCACUGCUAGAAGAGUACGGCCUAUUUCUAGGCAUGGACAAGACGUGUCUGUACACCACCAGUGCGAAGUGGUGCGGUCGUGUAUUGACCAAGGACGGAGUGGCGUACGACGCUGAUAAGGUUCAGGCCCUUGUAGAAAUGCCUCCACACGGCUGGAGCAUUGCACAAUUUCUUUGCGCUGCUGGCUGGAUGCGAAGUAGCCUCGUUGACUUCACUAGAACAUGCAAGCCACUUCAAGACCGAUUCGACAAAGAAUUAGCUGGAACCCGCCGAACGAAGAAGGUUGCAGGCAGCAUUGUGGAGAAGUGCUGA